AUGAAUCCAGGAAAUGACACAGGUGUAAGAGUACAACAGUUUACAAUUAUAGGCUUUGACCAUUUAUCUCAUCAAAAACUUCUUGGAUGUCUCAUCCUCAUGUCUUAUUCCCUUACUCUGUUGGGGAGUGGAACAAAUAUAUGCCUCAUUUUAACAGAGAGACGUUUACAUAGACCCAUGUAUAUUCUCAUAUGCAAUUUAGCACUUGUGGAUAUCGUGUUCACUACAUGUGCCAGUACAACAAUGAUUUCAGUUCUCCUUGCAGAGAUGAAAACGAUUUCUUACUACUCCUGUUUUUCAAGAAUGUACGCUUUCCAUGUGGGUGACAUUACAACAUGUUUGGCAUUGUCUUUGAUGGCUGUGGAUCGUUUGGUUGCUAUAAGUCUCCCAUUAAGAUACCACAGCAUUCUCACUAAUUCACGUAUAUUCAUGCUCAUUGCACUCACAUGGCUUAUUGCUAUAUGUGUCAUGAUACCCCUGGGCCUCAUUAUUGUUAAUCUUCCCUACUGUCAGCCAACUAUCAGAUAUGUGUAUUGUGACUACCCUGCAAUGGUGAGGGCUGCAUGUGCAGAUCCAGAACCAUCAUUUCGUACACCAACAAUUAUAGGUGUAUGGGUUCUAUGUGGACAACUUCCAUUUGUCUUUUUAACAUAUGUGAAGAUUGCGUACACUGUUCUAAAAUUGCCAAAUAAGGAAAGUCAGCGACAAAUGAUCGAAACAUGCACUUCUCACGUUAUCGCAGUCGCCUGUUACUUUGUACCAAAAGUAGUAUCUAUGCUGCUAACUAGAAUAGGUGUUAAACUUAAUCUUACCGAGCGGAAUUCUGUGGUCAUUGUGUCUUCAACUGUUCCCUCACUUCUUAAUCCAAUAGUUUAUUGUUUGAGAACCAAGGAAAUCAGAAUGCAAUUGCUGAAAAUAUUGUCAAACCUCAUGGCAAGGAAGGAAUCGCCAAGUGUUAGGACAAAAAAGCAGUAUUUUACUUAA